AUGGUAACCGAAACAGCUGCAUUAGUUGCUGAUAAAAUGCUUGUUCCAGCUCAAUUAGCCCUGCCCACAUCGAAUGCUAUUGAAGAGCAACAAAAAAAAGAUGAAUCUCGUUAUCCUCGAAUGACCAAAGAAUUCAUAAAAAAACAUUGCAAAGAACAUAAAUUAUAUCAAACACCAUAUUUAAACGACGUUCUUUAUUUGCAUUUCAAAGGUUUUGGUCGUAUCGAAAAUUUAGAAGAAUAUGUUGGUUUAAAGUGUCUUUGGCUUGAGUCAAAUGGUAUUCAACGUAUUGAAAAUCUUGAUCAUCAAUUAGAAUUACGUUGUCUUUAUUUGCAUCAAAAUUUAGUCAGUAAAAUUGAAAAUUUAAAUCAUUUACAAUAUUUGGAUACAAUAAAUUUAUCAAAUAAUUAUGUGACUAAAAUUGAAAAUCUAGCGGCUUUACCAAAAUUGAAUUCACUUUAUUUAUCACAUAAUAAACUCGAAUCAGUUGAAGAUAUUGAACAUUUAAAAGAAUGUAAAAGUUUAAGUGUCGUGGAUUUAUCGCAUAAUUUUAUCGAAGAUGCGGAUGCUGUACACGUGUUUAGUAAAAUGGAGAAUAUUCGUGUCAUCAAUCUUAUUGGUAAUCCAUUGUUAAAAACUGUUAAAGAUUAUCGACGAACACUGACACUUGGAUGUGUUAAUUUAACCUAUCUUGAUGAUCGCCCAGUAUUUCCAAGAGAUCGCGCAUGUGCCAAUGCAUGGGCUAGCGGUGGUCGAGAAGCCGAACGCGAAGAACGUCAACUAUGGGAAACACCUGAACGAAAACGUAGUGCAAAACCUGUUAAUGAUCUCAUACUUAUGCGUCGUCAUUACUUGGGUGAUCGUGGUGAAAAUGAAAAUGAGAUCCAACAGAGCGAAAAUGAAUUAACUUCCGAAAAAGAAACCGACGAUCAAGAACAGGAAAAUAAUAUAGAUGAGCCGCCGCCACUUGAAGAUGUUGAUGAAUCAGACACAGAAGGCGAAGAUGAAACUGUAGAAUCAGAAGAAGCCAAAAAGGAAAAUGGCAUAGUUGAACUAGAAAAUGCGAAAGAAAAUGAAACAGUAGUAUCAAAAACUGAGAACGUAGUUGCAACAGCAGUAUCGGAAACCAAGAACGAAGUUGAAACAAUUGAACCAGAAAUAAAAAAAGAAAAUGAAACAACAGUAUCGGAAACUAUGAACGAAAUUGAAACAGUUAAACCAGAAAUUAAACAAGAGAAUGAAAUAAUUGAACCGGAAAACAAAGAAGAAAAUGAAAUCAUCGAAUUAAUUACUAAGCCUGCAACAGUAGAAAAGCCAACAGAAGAUUAUAUUGAUAUUCCAUUCAUUCGACCGCCAUUGGAAAAUGUUGUGAGUCGUUCAUCGUCUGAUACUAUAUUCGGAAGAUCGCAAAAAGCUAAUAGUGAUGCAGGCGAAAAGCCAGUACGAUUGAGAAUCGUUGAUAUGGAUGAAAUCGAUGAAGGUCCAACACUUACGGAUACUUCCAAAGAACUAUUCAUUGAAACCAAAACACCGCCGACAACAACACGAAAACUGAUCGAAGAAUUAUAA